AUGUACUUAAGGUUAGCAUCUUGUAACAUAUCAAAGUUCCCUAAUGUCUUGAGGCAUUUACAUUGGAUUGAGGGGCUUGACCUUUCACAUAACCAAAUUCAUGGGGCCAUACCUCAGUGGGCAUGGGAGCAAUGGACAGGUUUGGACCUUUUCUUUCUAAAUUUGUCACACAACAAAUUUAAUAAUGUUGGCUAUGAGACCUUUCUUCCUUUUCAUAUACAUGCCUUGGAUCUCAGCUUUAACAUGUUUGAGGGACAAAUACCUAUUCCCCAAAACUCUGGAGAUAUACUUGAUUACUCAAGCAACCAUUUCUCAUCCAUGCCAUCUAAUAUUUCUACUCAACUUGGACAAACUGUUGUAUUCAAGGCAUCGAGAAACCUCCUAUCAGGAAAGAUUACUCCAGCCUUUUGUGGUACAAACCUAGAAAUUCUUGAUCUAUCUUACAAUAACCUCAGUGGUCCAAUCCCCUCUUGCCUGCUGGAGGACACCUAUACAUUAAAAGUUUUAAAUCUAAAAGAAAAUCAGCUUCACGGAAAAUUGCCACGCAAAAUCAAUGAAAGUUGCGCAUUGGAGGCACUAGAUUUUAGUGGCAAUCGGAUUGAAGGAGAUUUUCCUAGAUCUCUAGCUUAUUGCAAAUACUUGGAGGUCCUUGAUGUGGGGAACAACCAGAUUAAUGAUUUGUUUCCAUGUUGGAUAGCUGUUGUUCCUAGACUUCAAGUCCUCGUGAUAAAACUCAACAAGUUUUUUGGUCCAGUGGCAUCUUCUGUACCUAAAGGUAACAACACUUGUGGAUUUCCAAGUAUACGAAUUUUGGAUUUGGCCUCCAACAACUUCUCUGGGAGAUUGACCAAUGAAUGGUUCGUGCAAUUGAAGUCAAUGGCAGUGGCAACCGCUAAUGAGACAUCAGUGAUGCAAUAUGAGUUUGGUGCACAACAAGUAUAUCAGUUUGCCACCGUUCUCACGUACAAAGGUUCAACUAUCAUGUUUACUAAAAUAUUCACAACCCUUGUAUUCAUUGAUGUCUCGGACAAUGCAUUCCAUGGUAGCAUUCCUAAAGAUAUUGGGGAACUUGUUUUGUUACAUGGGCUCAACCUAUCACACAACUUCCUUACUGGGACGAUUCCUGUUGGAAAUAUGCCCUAG